UAACCCCUAGUUCCUCCUAGAAUGUCUGGAAAAUUCUCUGCCCUUCUUUACGCGGUUGUCAGACGCCACACUGCAAGACAACGUGGACUGGAAGUAACCGAACCGAAAGCUCGUACUCUGCUCGGAUAAAAGUUUGACUGGUGCACGACGAUAGCUCGGUAUUGGCGCAGAUAGCUGGAAGCUGCAACGUGUGUGUUUUUGCCUUCUUUUGCAUUCAAAAGAGUAACGUUAGGACGGUGAAACCUGCUACUGGACAAUGACUGCAGAGGAGCAGUUAAGUGAAGGACAACACGCCAUCCCAAUGGAGGGAGAGGACAUCACCCCGAAGAAAGACGGGGGGGUUUUAAAGCUCGUGAAAAGGGAAGGCACAGGCACAGAGCUGCCCAUGACCGGCGACAAAGUGUUUGUACAUUAUGUUGGCACACUUCUGGAUGGUUCUCAUUUCGACUCGAGCAGAGACAGAGAAGAGAAGUUUUCCUUUGAGUUGGGCAAAGGUCAAGUAAUAAAGGCAUGGGACAUCGGCGUAGCCACAAUGAAAGUGGGGGAGUUGUGCCAGCUCAGCUGUAAGCCUGAGUAUGCUUACGGAUCUGCAGGCAGUCCACCCAAGAUACCCCCCAAUGCCACUCUUGUUUUUGAGGUGGAACUUUUUGAAUUUCGAGGUGAGGACAUAACCGAAGCGGAGGAUGGAGGAAUCGUCCGUCGCAUUAUCACUAAAGGGCAGGGAUAUUCCAAGCCUAAUGAAGGCGCCUCUGUUGACGUAACUGUGGUGGGAACCUGUGAAGGACGUGUAUUUGACGAGAGAGAAUUGAAGUUUGAGGUUGGAGAUGGAGAGGGUCUUGGCUUGCCAGUUGGAGUGGAGAAAGCUAUAAUGGCUAUGGAGCAAGAAGAGGAGGCCAUCUUCAAUAUUAAGCCUAAGUAUGGCUUUGGUAAUGCAGGCAAUGCCAAGUAUAACAUCCCUGGCGGAGCAACACUGCAUUACAAAAUCAAGCUGACAGCAUUUGAGAAGGCUAAGGAAUCGUGGGAGAUGAACACGGUAGAGAAGCUGGAACAGAGCACCAUUGUCAAAGACAAGGGAACCCAGUAUUUUAAGGAGGGAAAAUAUAAGCAGGCAUCAGUGCAGUACAAACGGAUCGUGUCCUGGCUGGAACACGAAUCGGGUUUGUCAGAGGAGGACGAGAAGAACGCGAAAGCUUUGCGGCUGGCAGCACAUCUGAAUUUGGCCAUGUGCUUCCUAAAACUACAGGAGCCAAAUACAGUCCUGGAAAAUUGUGACAAGGCUCUGGAGUUGCAGGCAUCUAAUGAGAAGGCAUUGUUCCGGAGGGGAGAGGCACUGUUUAGUAUGAAGGAGUUCGACAGGGCAAGAGAUGACUUCCAGCAGGUUGUUCAACUGUAUCCAGCCAACAAGGCUGCCAAGAGCCAGGUGAGCCUUUGUCAGAAACGUAUCAAGGAGCAGCAUGAGAAGGACAAACUCAUCUACGGCAACAUGUUCCAGAAAUUUGCAGAUAGGGAUUCAAAGAAAGAAGCAGAGACUGGGAAGAGUGAGGGCAAGGCGAGUGAAAAUGAUGGGAUGGAAGUUGAGAAUGGAGAAAAGGAAGUUGCCAGCGAAGCAAAGGUGUAGAUAAAGAUGGGACUGUUGGGGUUCAUCUGUGCUCAGACUUUUGUAACUUCAGCCGUGUGUGUGUGUGUGUGUGUGUGUGUGUGUGUGUGUGUGUGUGUGUGUGUGUGUGUGUGUGUGUGUGUGUGUGUGUGUGUGUGUGUGUGUGUGUGUGUGUGUGUGUGUGUGUGUGUGUGUGUGUGUGUGUGUGUGUGUGUGUGUGUGUGUGUGUGUGUGUGUGUGUGUGUGUGUGUGUGUGUGUGUGUGUGUGUGUGUGUGUGUGUGUGUGUGUGUGUGUGUGUGUGUGUGUGUGUGUGUGUGUGUGUGUGUGUGUGUGUGUGUGUGUGUGUGUGUGUGUGUGUGUGUGUGUGUGUGUGUGUGUGUGUGUGUCCUCGUCCUCGAGCAUGUCAACGAGAGCACUGACUUUAGGAGCGCCCGAACCUUCUCAACACACAGCUUUUAAACUGUGCUUGUGUUUUCACAGUGUUUUGGGUAGGAUAAAAGUGCAGGAAUUUCACCCGUCAAGGGCUAGACCAUUUACCUUUCACUACCCCAUGUCCUCGACCCUUCAUGUUUUAUGCUAUCCAUCUAACACUCCUCAUGGGCCUACUCAUCAAUUACUGGAGUUGUGAUGAUUGUGUGCAUAGAUAUGUGUCUGAAUGUUAGAGUGAUUGAGUCCCAAAGUACGUAUGUAGCAGCACUGUGGAUAAGUGGAGUAAUAAGACGUUAGCCUGGAAUAGCGGUCGAACUUCAAGAUUCUUUCUCAAUCUAAAGAUGGCGCUCAUCUAUAGUACCCAGGUUACAUGACAGGUUUACCCUUUUACUUUGGAAAAUAUUGACUUUGUACUUUUCUUUUCUGGUGUUGUGCUUUUGACUUCUUUGUUCUCAAAAUGAUGAAUACAACCAAUUACGUAACUGGAAUAAGUGCAUUUUAAAGCGGCUAAAAAUGACAUGAAUAAGCCUCUCCUCGGCACAAAAGUAAUAAAACAGUUAGUCUUCAUCUUAAUUUACUGUUUAAAAAAAAAAAAAGAACAUGAAUGAAUGUGUGCUUGUACAGCCCAUCGGAAUCAGGCUGUUGAAGACGGUACGCCAGAGUAUGAAUAUGUGACACCUGUUCAUCGUCAGUCAACAGCACCUGUGGGGCAGAGGCUGAAUAAGGGGGCUAAUGUGUGGAGUUUCUUUGUCUUUUGGAAGGGUCACUGCUUGGUCUGCCCUGAUGGAAGGACAUAAUAAACAAUAACUACAAUUUA